AUGUCAACUACCCCAGCCAAAGAUGAUCCGCAACCCAUCUAUCUAAUCAACUUUGAGGCCUAUCUGAGACCCAAGCAACCGCACAAGAUAACGCCACUUCAGUGCUUCGGCAGACCGCAAAAGCCAAAAUCCAAAUGUAAUAAGUUCCACCAAACACUGCAAAGAAUUAAACUCCUCCGAUAUUGGCGCACGCAACAUGCGAGAUUCGCAAAGAGUCUGAGACAGCUGCCAUUGCCGAGCUUUCUCAGCUUUCUGCGCGCCCGCCAUGAUGAUGGCCUGUGCAAAUCGAAGACGGGCUUUGAGAUCUACUGUGAAAUGUCGAGCAUACAUGGAUUUCAUGUAUUCGUCGGAGCUUGUACCUGGCAGCGUGUGCUCUGGUGGCUGAUCAUCUGCACGGCUGUGCUUCUCUCACUUCUCGUAUUGAUCAUGUCAUAUACCCUGUCGGCGGAGACGCCUACUGUAAGGUACAUCGAGAGCAUGCUACAGCCCAUGUCGGAGCAGUCUCGAAACUUUCCGGCAUUAAGUAUAUGUAGUAUGAAUCGUAUAUCGAAAAGUCAGCUGAAAGCGAAAGAAUGGUCGUUGCCCCCACAAGUGCUGCCCUGGCUAACUAAGCACAAUUGGAAUCCGAAUCCAAAUGAUCGAACACUGCUAUCUGACAACAUAAGCUGGUCCCAGCUGCUGGAGUCUCUGGCUCCACGCAUUUGCGAGUCUCAGGUCUUGGCCUGCCUGUGGCAGGGCUUACCUCACAGCUGCGACCAGCUGUUCACCACCAGCUGGAGCUACAGCGAGGGUCGAUGUUGCACCUUUAACGAAACGCCCAUCCACACAGCUGGCAAUCCAGCUAAGGGCUUAACAUUACGCCUAUCUAGCCAACUAGAGGACUAUGCUAGCUCACGGCAUUCCGCAGCUGGUUUUCAGUUGUUGCUUCACGAUGUGCAUUCUGGCAUUCAUGCAGCUACAGAACGUGUGCUCCUACCUCGUGCCACAGAGGCUCAUAUCAUGUUGAAGUCGUUUAGUACGCAUGCCACGCCUUAUGUUAGCGGCUUAGAGCCAGCUAAAAGAAACUGUUAUUUGAACCAAGAGCGCCAGCUUUUCUACUAUCCAAUAUACAGCCAAGCGAAUUGUGUGGCAGAGUGUGAGAGUGAACAAAUGCUCGAGACUUGCGGCUGUGUGCAUCCCCAUAUGCCGCGGCGUUCGCAAUGGCCUCUUUGUCAACUCGAACAGCUCAAAUGCCUAAGAGAACACGUUUACAGCUGGGAUCAGCUGCAAAGCUCCUGCAAUUGCUUGCCAUCCUGUCAAUUCAAGCGCUUUGAAAUACAAAUCGAUCUGACAGCACUGAAUGAUAGCUAUCCUAUAAUUCUAGCGAAUGGGAAUAUUUCCUUCUUCAAGAACUUUAAUGGCUCGGACGAGGUUCUACUACACAUUUAUUUUGAUUCAUUCAGCGAGGAGCGACUGCGUUUGGAUGUCUAUGAGAAUUUGCUGACUUUUAUAGGCACCUUUGGCGGCAUCACCGGCCUAUUUAUGGGCUGCAGCUUUGUGUCUGUGUUCGAGCUGAUAUUCUUUGUGUGUGUGCGACCCACAUGUAACUGGCUAACUCGACAGCAAAUACGCUAUAGACGUCGACGUCAACAGCGAGCUAUAAAGGCUAAUUAG